CUUUCGUGCCAGAUUUUGUUUUGCUGUCGCCUUUUUGAGUUAAGUUGUAGGAUAGUAUAAACACAAAAUACUUUUUAUUUUGAUUUUUACAUUGUCAAAAAAUUAUGACAUCAGAAGCAGAGGAAGGGCCUUUUUAUCUGGAAGAGGUUUCGAUUCCGAAUGAUUCAGAUGAUGACUUCCAAUAUGAAGAGGUUCCAGUUGAAGAUGAAGCUAGUACUGUUGAUUUUUUAGAAGAUUUGAAUGACGCAGUUUAUGCAAUCGAAGAAGCAAGACAAAAUAAGCUUUUAGCAGGAGGUGAAAUAACAUCAUCUCGUGAAGCAACAGUGACUCAACGACCAGAAGUUAUUGAUGAUUUCGUUCGAAAUUUCUUUCUUAAAAUGGGAUUAAACAGAACAUUAGAAUGUUUUCAAACAGAGUGGUAUGAGUUACAACAGAGAGGUUUAUUAGGAGAUGAAGAUAUUGGUGUGGUUCCUGAUGCAUAUGCAAGAAACCAAUUUCUAAACGAUGAAGUCAAAAGACUAAAGAAAGAAGUUGAUAAAUUCAGAUCAGCAGGAAGGUAACUAACUUUCAUAACUCAUUUAUCCAAAAUGCAAAAAGAAAGAGAUUAUCAUAGAAUGCAUCACAGAAGAGUUGUUCAGAGAAAACAGACUUAUCGAAGACAUGAAAAGGCUGAAGAAGCCAUUAUAAAAUCUUAAUGAACUACAUUACGACAACUGAACAUAAAUAACGAACUAGCUAUGAAGGAAAAAAUGUUGACGCGAUUGGAAAGAGACAGAGUUGUUGGACAGGCUACUGGAUUGCAAGCAACUUUGAGAAACCUUGAAAGUGGCAAAGACGAACCUAUACCAUCAGUUAUUGGUUACAGAGCAGAACGUAUGCAUAAACCUGAGGGUCCAACUCAACGAGCUUUGAGAGAAUCUAGAAUGGAAAAGGAAGCUGUAAAAUUCCAAACACCUCCGGAAGAAUCAGCACAAUCUGUGAAAGACACUCACUAUAAAGACAGUGAAUUUCCACAUGAUGAUUGCGUGAAUCCACUAUUAUCUCUCGCUUAUCCGGUUCCUACUCACCUCACAAGGGCUGGUGGAUUGAAACUAACAAGUACAAUAAAAGCUCAUGAUUUGGCCGUCAGCAGUGUUCGUAUUCAUCCUCGAAAACAAGUUGCCGUGACAACUUCUGAUGAUAGGUUAUGGAAAAUGUGGUCAUUACCAGAUGGUGAGAUCAUCAUGACAGGUGAUGGACAUACAGACUGGAUUGCUGAUUGUGAUUUUCAUCCAGAGGGAAAACAACUGGUGACCGGAGGAGGUGACACAACUGUAAAAGUGUGGGAUUUUGCUCAAGCAUCUUGUGUUUUAACAUUGAGUGAACAUACUCAUGCUGUUUGGGGAGUAACGUGGCAUUCGUGUGGUGAUUUUAUUGCUUCAUGUUCGAUGGAUAGUACUUCUAAGAUAUGGGAUUUGAACAGUGAAAGAUGUCGGUCGACUUUGCGAGGACAUACUGAUUCAGUGAACAGUAUUAUGUUCUUACAUUAUUCAAAUACUUUAUUAACUUCUUCUGCUGAUAAAACAUUAUCAUUAUGGGAUGCAAGGACGGGAAUUUGUGCUCAAACAUUUUAUGGACACAUGCAUUCUGUAAACCACGCAAUCUUCAAUCUCAAGGGCAACACCAUUGCAUCAUGUGAUAGUUAUGGAAUUGUCAAAUUAUGGGACACAAGAGAGAUUUCUCCGAGAGCAACAAUAAAUGUUGGACCUCAUCCUGCUAACAAACUUGCAUUUGACCCCACUGGCAAAAUAUUAGCUGUUGCAAGUAAUGAUGGUACAGUUAAGAUGAUUGACAUGUCAGACAAUGAAUUUAACUAUAUAUCUGGGCAUCAAGAUGCCGUACAGACAGUUUCAUUUGAUCGCACAGGACAAUUUCUUUUGACUGGUGGAUCAGACGGAAUCCUACAGUUGUGGUCAUAGCUUUAGAUCAACCAAAGUUCUUUCCUUUUUUUUGAAUAUACUUGUUAUAAAUAGAAAUAUAAAUUUUGAAAUAUGAAGUUUUUUAAAAAAAA